AUGAAGCUGGACAGUUCCAAGGGAAAGCUGGUGAUCUUUUUGGCUGAGCUGAGGAACCUGACUAUGAGAGUUGAGAUUGUGGAGAGCGGCCCUGACCAGUACAUCCGACUGGACUUCGAGCUUCUCAGGAUCGAGCUGAGAGAGUUUGAAUUGUUGGUGACACAGCUGAAGGAUUCCCUCAACUCCUCCUCGCCUAUGUUCAACAGCCUGUACACAGAGAUUCGCAACAUGAGCCUGACUGUGAACCAGUUGGAGAGCUAUGACAAGAGUAACCUGGAGGAGAUCCGUAUUGAGUUUGGAAAACUGCAGAAGAAGCUGGAGGAGUGCCAGAAGAACCAAGAGAAGGGCAUAAACCCAGAUAUUGGCUCCUGCAACCACAAAGGCAUCGCCAGUGUAGGGAAGCCAGUGGUCAGCCAACUGAAUGCAAACUUGAAUGCAGGCUACAGAUUUGGGGGGUGGGGGAAAGACUCAAAACCCAAUCGUGGCUUUGAAUCAAUGUAUUGGUAUGGUGCCUACAGCAGUGCCUCAGUGAAUACAUUUGAUCUUUAUUCCAACUAUCAAAAUCUGGUUUUAAGGAAUUUAUUUAAACAACAUACCUUACCAAAUGGAUGGCAGGGUACUGGCAACAAUUACAUUGUUCAUGGUAACACCCUGUAUUACCAGAAAAACAGCCCACUCAGCAUGGCUAAACUGAAUUUGACCACAUCCAAAUAUGACUACAGAGUCAUUGAAAAGGCCAGUGCAACGUUCUCAUACAGUUUCUCAGCCAAUCAGAACAUGGAUUUCUCAGGUAAAAUGGUCAUUGCCAAAGUAAACAAGGAUGAAUUUGGUAUAGAGGAUGUAUGGAGUACCGGUGUGUACAAAUCAUUGGUAGGUAAUACCUUCAUGGUGUGUGGUGUUCUCUAUGCUACUAGACCAGUCGAUGUUCACACCGAGGAGAUAUUCUACUCCUAUGACACCAAAACAGAGCAGGAGAACUACCUCCGCAUUCCAUUUGAGAAGUUCCAGGAUGAAUAUUUAAACCUGCACUACAACCCUAUUGAUUAGAAAAUCUACAUGUACAACAAGGGCUACUAUGUGCCCUAUAGUGUCAAGUUGAUCAAAGACUAGAUUCCCCCUCUGGUCUAAUCGUAUCUUGAUUGAUGUGACUGAUAUGACUUUCUGACAGCA